AUGACCACUGUUGUCGAAGCCGAACGCCUGUUCAAGAACAACCAAGAUAGCCAGGCCGAGAAUGUCCUGAUGAGCAUCAUCUCUCAAACAGCUGAUACCAAGGAUGACGCUAUCUUAAGAGAAAAAGAGCUGGCUUUGAUCAGGUUGGGGCAGUACUAUCGAGAUUCAAAGAACCCGGAAGGACUGGCCUCGGCCAUCAGAUGCUGCCGGUCAUUCAUGUCGGCGAUUGCCAAAGCCAAGACUGCUAAGCUAGUCAAGACCUUGAUCGAUUUCUACUCGCAGGCGCCCCUCAACCAACACCCCAGUUCCUCCCAAACUCAAAUCGUCAUCACUAGGGAGAAUGUCGAGUGGGCGCGGACGGAGAAACGUGUAUUCCUUCGCCAGAAUCUCGAGAUCAAACUCUGUAGUCUUUUGUUUGAGUAUCAACAGACUAAAGAGGCCCUGGGUUUGAUCGCAAACCUUUUGAAAGAGCUCAAGAAAUUGGACGAUAAGAUGAUUCUCACUGAAGUUCAUCUACUGGAAAGCAGAAUCCGGCAUGCUCUCUCGGAUCCACCAAAGGCUAAGGCAGCUUUAAUCUCUGCUAGAACAGCCGCAAACUCAAUUUACUGUCCACCCUUACUUCAGGCCCAGUUGGACAUGCAGUCAGGUGUCUUGCACGCAGAAGAAAAAGAUUACAAGACGGCCUAUUCGUACUUUUUUGAGGCGCUCGAAGGAUUAGCUACUCAAGAUGACCCGCGAGCAUCUUUAGCCUUAAAGUGUAUGUUAAUGUGCAAAGUGAUGCUCAAUCUGCCCGAAGAUGUCUCAAGUAUUCAAGGCUCCAAACUAGCCCGAAAAUACGCUGGGCGAGGGACCGAAGCCAUGCAGGCAAUCGCCAAGGCACAUGAGAACAGAAGCCUGGCCGAUUUCGAAGAAGCUUUGAAGGUCUAUAAAGCCGAGUUAUCGGAUGACCCGAUCGUUCGCAACCAUCUCGCGGCCCUGUAUGACACACUGCUGGAACAGAACCUGAUACGGAUCAUUGAGCCUUACUCGAGGAUCGAAUUGAGUUUUGUGGCAGAACAAGUCAAACUGCCCUUACGCGACGUCGAGGCGAAACUGUCGCAGAUGAUCCUCGACAAGGUCUUUGCGGGAAUCUUGGAUCAGGGCGAAGGCUGUUUGGAGGUCUUCGAGGAAGUUAAAACCGAAAAGAUGUAUGAUUACUCGCUCGAUACUUUUAAACAGAUCGGUAGCGUUGUCGAAUCUUUGUACGCUAAGGCUCAAAAGUUAGGCCGGUAG